AUGUCUUCUCCAACUCAGAAUUUUGCUGAAUAUGUUCCCGACAAUCGUACAGUUGAUGAGGAAGAAUCGGCAUGGGUCAGAUCCCGCCCGUCGGUCGAGCCAGGUGCUGAGGAGGGCUACGAUUUCGGUCUCUUGAUCCCGUCUAUCGACGACCCGAUUUGGACAAGCGGCACGGGUUGGGUCUUGUGUAUUCUUGGAUAUGAUGAAGAUGAUGAAGAUGAUGAAGAUGAUGAAGAUGAUGAAGAUGAUGAAGAUGAUGAAGAUGAUGAAGAUGAUGAAGAUGAUGAAGAUGACAAGAAUGAGGGAUGGAUAGGAGGCGGGGAAUCAGGAGGAACAAGAGGAGAAUGCGAUGCUUCAGCCAAACUUGAAACGGAAGCUUCCGUCUCUAUAACGAAUAAGCACAGCCAUCAGCAACGUGACCUCGAAGUCCAUAACGCAGCCACGCUUUCAGAACAGCUUGAACAAAUGGCACUCGGCGAAUCGAAAAGGUCCAAGACAUUCGCGGGGAUUCCGGAACAGCCCAGGAAUUAUGCAUUGAGCAGAGACAAGUCUGGCUUCUCUCCGAACGACGAUGGAACUAAAAGCUCUCCGAGACUAAUGAUCGGUGGUCCUGGCUUUAGAGAGCAUCUAUACAGACACCAUGAACAAAAGCCCAACUGCCUACGUUGCGGCAGAGUCUUUGAGAAUCAAGCUGACUCGGCAGAGCAUGCUCAGCUAGAGGAACCCUGCAAACUCGUCAAGAAUGUCUCUAUCGAAGGUUUCAACAAAGACCAGUUGAAGAAAUUGAAAAGUCGGAAGCGGGCACGAGGCCAUAGAUCAGAGGAAGAGAAUUGGAGGAAUAUCUACCGCAUACUGUUCCCGGAUUGCACUGUCAUUCCAGACCCUUUCUACAGGAUCCAGUACGAAGACAGCAUUGUAGGACACAGUGAUCUUCAGGAGCUGUUCACCCAAGACAAUGACUCUGGCAUGGGGGAGCAGUUCUUCUCAAAACUAGAGGAAAUCGCUGAAGUCUCCCUCGACAACGCCAAAAGGCGCGCAGUGCUGGGGCUCUUCAAGACAUUUGCUCAAAAGAAGAUCGCCAAGACGAAGGAAAGCCACGUCCCGCAGCAUCCAGGAGGCGCAUGUACUGCAUCUCAAAAAGCCACAUUCUCAUCGACUAUUGAAAACCCAUCUGACGCGAGGUGCGUUGAGGACUCCACUUCGUCGAUUCACCAAGACGCAUCUGUCGCGUCACUGGUACUAGAGACCGGUAUAGACGUAUUUGAUGACACCGCGGGCAUUUCUUCAUGCUUCGCUACUUUCGGUUCAAUCGAUGAAUACGACUUCACUCAGGCGUUGUUGGAUGAUCAGAUUACAUCAUCAACACAGUGGCAAGAGGCUGAUUCGAACUGCAUCGAGGGAGGCCUCAACCAAUUAUGCAGCUAUCCAUUCAACGAAUAUCUGGACAUGGCUGCUACAUGCCCAGACAAUAUCCUAAAUGAAGGAAUCAGCGUCUAUAAUGGUGUUGGAAAAAACACAGCAUCGAACUCUUUGACACUGGCGUCAGUGGAAACGGCCGUGGUAGAUGAGAAGCGCGAAGAGGCCGCCAACAUCAACAACAAUGAUACAGAGGCAGACACUGACAGGAUGAUCGAUGUUAGAGAGUGA